GCCGGUAUUUAAUUCAUCCUUGGAAAAAAACUCCAUGAAACCCCCUCCUAUAGCAUAUCCCUUACGGUCCCGUUCCCAGAAAAGAACGCCAGAACCACCAACGCCCUUUGGAAAGUCCCCUAGCAGACUCUCAGCCCCCUACAGCGAUCACAUCACAGUGCGCCGUAUUAUCGCCGUGGUCGCUGGAUGAGACAGACAGUCUGCUACAGCACCAGCUAAAAGCAAUUUGGUUGUGCUGGGCCACUUUCCAUCUCAACCUGUUCUUUGGCUACAUGUAUCAGCCAAGUAGCCAGGUGGCCAUAUCAAAUUGUGUAAAAUCCCGUGCGUUGUAAGAGCGGGAUAAGCUCGUAUCAAGACUCCAUAAUUUGUGUGCGGGAGUUGUCUGAAAAGAAACGGGGCUUGU